CACUCGAGAUUUUUCCACAAUUAUCCUUUUAAAUAUCGUUAUCAGCACUUUCUGUUUGUUUACCAGACACCGCAGGCACAGAUGACUAACCAAGCGUCUCCCGUUGAGGAGCAGGUUAAGCUCCUAGAUGAGGCACUCAAUGUUGUCAAAGUCCAGGCAUUCCAAAUGAAAAGGUGUCUGGAUAAGUCUAAACUUAUGGAUGCUCUCAAACAUGCAUCAACCAUGCUUGGGGAGUUACGGACUUCACUGCUGUCACCCAAGUGCUAUUAUGAACUUUAUAUGGCAAUAACAGACGAACUGCGCCACCUAGAGCUGUAUCUCCUGGAAGAGUUUCAAAAAGGUCGCAAAGUAGCUGACUUGUAUGAGUUAGUACAGUACGCUGGCAACAUCGUACCGAGACUGUACCUGCUCAUUACUGUAGGACUGGUCUAUAUUAAGACCAAUUCCAAUUUGAGACGUGAUUUGUUGAAGGACCUAGUGGAGAUGUGUCGCGGUGUACAACACCCCUUAAGAGGGCUCUUCCUGAGGAACUACCUUCUGCAGUGCACCAGGAACGUGCUGCCUGACGUCGCCGAAGCCGAGAAUGAAAGUGAAGGCACUGUACGUGACGCGAUAGACUUCGUGCUCAUGAAUUUCGCUGAAAUGAACAAGUUAUGGGUCAGGAUGCAACACCAAGGACACUCCAGAGAUAAAGAGCGCCGUGAACGCGAGCGUUCGGAACUACGCAUUUUAGUUGGCACUAAUUUAGUCCGAUUGUCCCAACUUGAAUCCGUCACAGUGGAUGACUAUGGGCGUUUAGUUCUACCUGGAAUCUUGGAACAGGUGGUCAGCUGUCGGGACGCCAUAGCACAGGAAUACCUCAUGGAGUGUAUCAUACAGGUGUUCCCGGAUGAGUUUCACCUGGCAAACCUUCAGCCGUUCCUUAAGUCCUGCGCUGAAUUACAGCCUGGAGUUAACAUUAAGAACAUUAUUAUUGCCUUGAUUGAAAGACUCGCCGCUUAUAGCCAGAGAAACGAAGGCAACAUCAACCUAAGCGUAACCACAGAAGACGGCAAAGAACAAGAGGUGCAACUUUUUGAAGUAUUCUCCGACCAAGUGGCUGCAAUAACUCAAAGCCGCACCGACAUGCCGGCUGAGGACAUGUUGAGUCUGCAACUCGCGCUGUUGAAGCUGGCACAGCGUUGCCACCCGGAUAAGCUGUCUUAUGUUGACCGGGUGCUGGCUCACACGGAUAAGAUUUGCCAGGAUAUUCAUCAGAAUAGUGGCAAAAUUCAUUUAGAACACAACACUCCAGUCUUCAAAGAACUGAUGAAAAUAUUGAAACUACCUGCUGAUAACUAUAAGAACAUCUUGACCCUUAUCAAGCUUGAACAUUACGCUCCUCUGAUCAAACACCUGAAUCACCCUGGCCGCAUCAUGAUAGCUGUUCACUUGAUCAAUGACGUGCUUGAAAGUGAUACUUUGAUUUCUACACCUGAAGAUGUCGAAUCAGUUUUAUCAAUGCUGGAUGUACUAGUCAAAGACCAACCUGAUCAAGCGACCACGGAACCUGAAGACGUCGAAGACUUUAUGGAGGAGCAGGGAUUGUUGGCAAGAUUAAUCCAUCACUUCAAGUCGGACUCUGCGGAUCAACAAUACCUGAUUUUAAGCGCAGCUCGGAAAGCGUUACAAGGCGGAGGUGCAAGACGCAUACAACAUUCUUUCCCGCCUUUACUGUUCCACGCUUAUCGACUUGCUUUUGUUUAUAAGGAUUUACAGAAAGAGGAUGACAUGUGGGAGAAGAAAUGUCAGAAAAUAUUCCAGUUCUGUCAUCAAACAAUCAGUAUGCUGGUGAAAGCUGAGUUAGCUGAAUUACCUCUAAGACUCUACCUUCAAGGUGCUCUGGCCAUCAGCGAGAUAGGCUUCGCAAACCACGAGACCAUCGCUUACGAAUAUUUAUCUCAAGCAUUCUCCCUGUAUGAGGACGAGAUUUCCGACAGCAAAGCCCAGUUGGCCGCCAUUACUCUGAUCAUUGCUACUUUUGAACAGAUAAAUUGUUUUGGUGCUGAAAACGCAGAACCCAUGAGGACUCAAUGUGCAUUGGCAGCAAGCAAGUUGCUUAAGAAACCUGAUCAGAGUCGAGCAGUUGCUUUGUGUGCUCACCUGUUUUGGAAAGGCAACAAGGAUGGGAAACCGUGGGAGCUGAACGACGCGUCUCGCGCCCUGGACUGCCUGAAGAAGGCGGCCCGCGUGGCGCAGCAGUGCAUGGACGGCGGCGUGCAGGCUCAGCUGCUCGCCGAGCUGCUCGGCCGCUACGCGCUGCUGCGCGAGCGAGGGAACGCCAGUCUAACUACCAACCUUAUUGACGCAAUUAUUCAAAAAAUCCGCGAAGAACUAGCGAACCUGGACCAAUCGGAAGAAGUAGAACAGAUCACGAAGCAUUUCCACAACACGCUGCAGCAUUUGAAGAACCGUAUGGAGUGCCCCGACCCGGACGGACUGGGUUAUGAAGGCUUGAAUCUCGCUUAGUUAUUUCAUAUACUACUAUUAGAGAAUUUUCAAGUGAACUUUGAUAAUUUUAGGCUCUAUUUACAUUACUGCGGUACGGGCUUGUUAGGGUCCUAAUGGGACGUAAAAUAAAAAGUGGACUGUAUUAUAACUGGGCUGGUAUAUUCACCGUCUCAAUUAAGUACAGACAGCAGCACAUCAAGGUACAGGUUGUCAGUAUGUCUUUAUUGAAGACGGAGUAAAACGACAUUUGCGCAAAAGUGUUACACGCUUGCGAGCAGCUAGUGACUAUAAUCGAUAAAUGUUCUAUCGACUGAAUAUUGGUC